ACCAAAUGAUAAAAUGGAAUUAUUUUUUUAUUUUUAUUCGUUCCUAAAUAUUUUACCCUUCAUAAGUUAACAUUUUCAUACAUCAUACACUAAAUAAAUAAUAAAUAUUUAUUUUUCACGUAGAUUUAUAAACAAAAAUAGUUUUCUCCAUACCAUCCCUUUACUAGGUAAACACUAUAUGUGAAUAUAUGAUAUUUGGGCCAAAAAGUCCGGUUGGAUAGGGGAAAUUGAGGGGAAUAGAGUUACCUUCUCUACGAAUGGAAUUGUAGAAGAAGUAGGAAAGAGUGGGAGACAAGCCUUGACUAGCUACACUGCUUUUGGCACUACUGUGACAGUGCUGAAAACUGUUUAAAGAAUGUGAACGUAACGAAAUUGAUAUAUAGGGUAUUACUUUGUAAAUUGUAAUAAUGGCAGUUAAAGAAAAACAAUUAGAUGGAUCUACUGACGAAAUAGAAUGGAACGUUGAAAAUGAAAUUCAAUUAUUCUUUGCAAUGAAUGGUCAUAAACCUGUUGGUGUAAAUAAGUAUUUCCAUAUGGUUUGUAUAUGGGAAAAAUUUCGCGCUGCCAUUCACAAAGAUGUAUCAUUAAAAAUGAUUUGGGAUCAUUUAGAAUCAAUGUAUGACCUUAUGGCAUUGGAUGAUAUGGAAGAUUUACCAUUCCCUAGUCAAGAAGUAGACUUUUCUUUACCUGAACAAGAGUUUUUGGGAACACUUAAAGUCAGAAAAAGAGAAGAACCAGAAUUGAAAUUGAAGGAGCAGAGGGACAAAUAUAAAGAAAUAAAAAAAGAAAAAGAUAUCAAAGAUCCUAUGAAAAAAGAUGCUAUACUUCGUGAUCUCAAAGGAACAAAAGAACUUGAUAAAAAGAAAGAAGAGUUUAAAAAAUAUGUCAAAGAUAUAGAAAUGAAAAAAGAUAAAUUUAGAGACAUUAAAGAUAUUAGAAAAGAUCAUAAGUCUUCGAAAGGGAGAUCAAAAGGAAAAGAUGAUCCUGAAGAGACAGCAACAAAUGGAAAGAAAGAACGUAAGGAUUCUGAUUCUGGCCGAGAAAGUUUGAAAAGAGGCCCAAAACGACCAACUAGGCAAAGCGUAGAUAGUACAUCUAAAGCAUCUCCUAGUCCUCGUGAUACACCUCCACCAAAACGUAGAAGAAUAUAACAAUUUCCGAUAAACUGAAAUUGUUACUUGAACUGUAAACUUUAAGAAACUAUGGUUAGCAUUUCAAACUGUGAACAAAGUAAAACUCAUGUAUAACAUACAUGAUCUGUGUAAAGACUUGUAUGAAAGACUAUAUACCUAUAUAAAGUCAGUUUUAUAAAGAAUUUUGCAUUAAUCUAUUGUACAUAUAAUAUAUCGUGUGAUGAAAUAUU